AUGGAACACGAAGCAUUGAUUGAUCAACUUAUCAUAGAACUUCCUAUUACAAGAGAUGAAGCAGCAGAUAUUCUUUCUAAUGUUGGAUGGGAUAUUUCACAAGCAAAAGAUGCUUAUAUGUCUUUAUACGGAAUUACACCAACAAAACAAGAUCCUCCACCACCACCUGUUGAAACCCCAAGGCCCACAUUCAAAUCUAAAAAGGUUGUUGAAAAAGAAAAGGAGAAAGAAAAGGAAAAAGAAGAAGAAUUCAAAUAUGUUUUAGCGGAAACAAACGAUAAAUUUACAGAAAGAAGAAAUUUAGCUCAAACACGUGGAAGAUGGUUAGUGGUUUAUGUUUCUCAAACAACAAUUAAAGAUUUUGAUCCAUUCAAACCAGAAGGGUACAUUAGAGACUAUAUGAAUACUAGAUUUGUAGGUUUCGUAACAUCCCUUGAAGAACCUGAUGGUAAAUGGGUCACAAAUGCAUAUCAAAUUCGCGAUUUACCAAUUUAUCUUUUUAUUGAUCCUGUUACAACCGAAAAGGUCGAUUUGACCAAAGCAGGUAAUCAGAAAGAUUUGUCUCGAUUCAUGAGAUCUUUCUUGAUCAAAAACUCGAAAUACGGACUUCCAAUCGAUAUGAUAGUUGAAAGAAUGGAAAUGGAAGAGUUUGAGAUGGAAGAAGAUGAAGAAGAAGUUGUCAAGCCUUCUGCGCCUAAGAAUUUGCCUCCUCCAGCAGAUCCAGGAAAAAUAACGACUCAAAUGAUCCAAACGCCAGAUGGAAAGAAAUGCAGAAUAGAAAUUGGCGAAAAUGAGUAUAUUAACACAUUGUACGAGAAGGUUUCUCUUCUUGUUUCUUUAAAUACAGAUCAAUUCAGACUUGAUUUGGUUUUGCCACCUCAGCAAAUAUCUGACAAGACCAAAACCAUCAAGGAUUAUAACCUAAGAAACUCUCUUAUUAAAGUUGUUAAAUUGUAA